GGAGCAAACACAAGACACAAUGGGGGUGUUUUUGACGACUAUGUUGUUUUUCUCCAUCACUGGGACUCCCACCGAUGCCGCGUGUCACUGUAACACUGCAGCUGCCUGUGCUGUGUUCCCCUCUUCUCCCUGUAGCCAGGUCGGAUGUCAGGACGGAUGGUUCGGUUCCUACUGCCAGAGACGAAAUAUUGCUAUAGGACAACGUGCCACACAGAGCAGUACAUUCACUGAAAACAGUGACAGGACAGGGUAUACAGAUUACAGGUUCGAGGCCAGGUACGGCGUAGAUGGCAGAGCUACCACCAACUUCUAUAGCAAACCAUUCACAUGUACACAUACGGCCACAGGAGAUAAACAACCAACAUGGACUGUACAUCUGAGCAGCUCUCACACAGACAAGAUACAACACAUUAAGCUGUAUCUACGUGAUGGCUUCCUCGACAGAAACAAGGGCAUGAAGAUAAAUGUCGGUGGACAGCUUUGCUUCCAGUGGUCAACGGACAGAUACCCGCCUGCUUCAGCUGAUGUCAAAUGUCAACAAGCACUGACAGGAAACACGCUAAUCAUACAGACAAGCGAGUAUCUCGCAUUGUGCGAGGUGCAGAUAUUUGUUUGCAGUGACGGUUGGUUUGGUGAGGACUGUGACAAACAGUGUCACUGUUUUGUAAACACAGAAAUAUGUGACAAGAUCACUGGACAGUGUCUGAGUGGAUGUGCUCCAGGAUACAUGGGGACGGACUGCCAAACAGAGUGUCCAGAUGGUUACUACGGAAAUUGCACUACCGAGUGUGGAAACUGCCUCAACGCCGCUGAUUGUAACAAGACUACAGGCAUCUGUCUCGGAGAUUGUGAACCAGGGUGGCUAACUGACACCUGUCUUCAACCGUGUGAGGAAGGUUACUAUGGAGACUGCACCUCCAAGUGUGGAAACUGCUAUAACGCUGCAUGUUGUAACAAGGACACAGGCAUCUGUCCUGGAGGUUGUGCUGCAGGGUGGUUAACUGGCACCUGUCUUCAACCGUGUCAGGAUGGACGGUAUGGUAUGAACUGUGCCUCCCACUGUGGAAACUGCCUUGAUGGUCAUGUGUGUAACAAGUCAACAGGAAUGUGCCCGAGAGGAUGUGCAGAAGGUUGGAUGAACGAUACCUGUGUUCACCCAUGUCCAGGUGGUUACUACGGUACAGACUGCACGUCCAAAUGUGGAAACUGUCUGGAGAAUGAUGUAUGUAACAAGUCAACGGGAAUAUGUCCCAACGGAUGUGCAGCAGGGUGGAUAAAUAACACGUGUCAUAACAUGUGUGAUGACGGGAGGUACGGCAGCGGUUGUACGUCAGGAUGUGGUCACUGCAAGAGCGGCACAGUUUGUGACAGAACUAACGGAAUCUGCGGGAGUGGAUGUGAUGGAGGGUAUUCAGGUGCCCGUUGCGAGCAGUGUCCGGCAACUUCAGGACACUCAAACCAGGUAGUGCCAGUUGCAGCAACACUUGGGACACUUCUCAUCUUGGCUCUCAUCGCUCUGUUGACAGCCAUCAUUUACAUCAGAAGACUGAAGAAUCAACUUGGUGUCUUACAAAAGAAACCCGAAGAUAACUACAUAUCCCUAGACGAAAGGACCAAGGAUCCAGUUGUGGAGAACACAUAUGAACAAAUUAACAAUUCAACUCCUUAUGUCAAUAUGGGGGAAGAUCAUCAGGGCCGCAUUUAAAGUGAUCAAAAACAGUUGUGUAAAGCGACCUGUCUAGAUCGACAUUGCUAUAGUUUCUUGUUACACGAGUAUAUGAACAGACAUUUCUGAAUGUGGAACCACUUGAGAAUCUCACGUAAGGCUACUAAUUAUUAAACAACUCGAGCCACAUAUAUUUUGUUGUUAAGAACUGUGAUCAUAUUAGUUGCACGGUUUUUUGAAAGGAUGUACGGGACUGUAAGACUCUUGUUAAUUCCGUAUUCCCUGAGGCACACCAUGUGACGAAUUUAUUACCUUUAAGAUAUUUUAAUUUAGCUUAUCUUUAAACAACAACAUCAGCCUUCGGCAGAAUGAGACGCAAAACGUUUUG